AUGCCUGCUCCUUACUCUGACAAUCUCUAUUCCGCCGACUCUGACGAUGAACCUGAUGCCCUCUCGCCAACAGACGGUUACUUCCACGCGUCGUCUGAGUCGUCGUCAUCUCGCUCUGGACAAAACGUACCUCAUGUUCCAAACGUGCUUGUCGAGGACCCAACCCAGUUGAGUCGCGAUGCAAAGAUUCAAGAAGCAGAGAGGGAGAGGAGGUUGUUAAAUACCGGAGGAUCUUCUGGACACAACCCUGAAAGCCCUGCCUUGUCACACGAGGAUGCGAGUGGCUCGGAGAAUCCCAUUGCAUUGACGCCACAUUCUCCUCCAAGGGCUUCUCCUCUGUUUGCUCAUCCUGUUGACGCACCCCCUGCUUAUUCGCCCUCACCUACAACAACUUCGCCGCCAACUACAGUGAAUAACUAUCAGACCUUUGCUUCUACAGCUACAAUGGGUCGGCCUGAGGAGAAUAGACCUUUGAUUAAUCAUGCUCCGGAGUCUAUGAGCAGCCCCUCCAACUCAGCUCAACAACCCUCACGUUGGCAACAAUUUAAAGAUUCCGUCUCGAACUUGAACGUCAGGAAGAAAGUCAAGACAGUCCUUGCUUCACUUCUCAUAUUCUCUGUCGUUUUCAUGAUUUUCAGCAGCUUUACCAUGCAGUCUAGACACGGCUCACACUCAAACCCAGUCGAGGAUAAUGAUCCCGUUGCACCACCCACCGACGACGGCGAUGACUUCGCCUGGACUCCUUCGCGAUCUUGCCUUGAUAAGCCUCACCGCUUCGCCCAAGUCAUUAAGGAAAUUGAUAUUCAACCUGACCGCAACCUUAGCAUUAUACAAAGAAUGGCCAAGUCCGACAACCUUAAAGGCUGGAGCACCCAUGUCUCUGGAGAAGUCAUUCUUCGGCCUAUAGAAGAUUCCUCGUCUGCCAGCAUUGAGCUGCAGGUUAUCUCCAACCAUGAUGAUCUCGGGGUUAAGGCCAACUUCAACAAGACAACUCAGGCCUUUGAGUUCAUUGUGCCACGCAGAGUCGACUGGGACUCGUCUGACAAGGCUCCUUGCAUCCAAAUCCGUGUCGCGAUCUCGGCUCACCGUGAGACUAUCCUUAACCACCUUAGCAUUGAGACACUGCAGCUUGACGUCAAACUCAAAGAGGGGGUCGUCCUGGGAGUUCAGAAUGGGGUCAACAUCCGAAGCGCCAGUGGCCAUGUCACUGCGCCUGGUAUCAAAACGAUCAAGGGCAAGGAAGUUGUUCCUUACACCCUCUCUUCCCGCGAAAUCCGCAUUCAUACAGCCAGCGGCGAUGUCAAGGGAUGGUAUCCCCUCUACGACCUCCUCGACAUCGAAACCGCCUCAGGGGAUAUCAUCACCAACAUUGGACCCAAGCCAGUGAACCCUCAGAAUGUUCGACCUGCUGCGUUUCGUGUGCGCACUGCUUCAGGCACGGUCAAGGUUGAUGAGCCACUCACUACCGCUCAGAAGGCUGCUCGCCCAGAUCGCGAGUUCCCACCGCGCGACUACACAGUUGAUAUCAUCACGGCGUCUGGAGAUAUCACGGCCGAUGUCGCCGCGAGCUCAUCAGCAUCCUUUAAAUCGCAGUCCGGUGACUUGAAGCUGCAAAUCUGGCCAGUGCUGGACUCGAGUUUGUUGGCUAUAAAUGAAAAGAUGAAACCAACUGUCAUCACAAAUACAAAGAGCGGCGACACACAGGUGACGAUUCUGGAGCCCAUGUGGACGAGCCUGGCAACCAUAGGUGAAACGAUUCCUCCCGUCAAACCUUAUGAUCCUGCAGAUGGUAGCGAUCCGUACAUCGUUCUUCCCGAAGGGUCUGAUGUUGCUGAGAUUAGCAUGGCCAGACCCGUGCUUUCGGUUCUUCACUCCAAACAUGAAUCGGUCAGCGGCAAAGUUGAGCUAUACUUUCCUGAAUCUUGGGAGGGCAUGUUUUUUGCAAACUCAAUUUCGGGUUCACAAGAAUUCAAGGGUAAGGGUGUGGUAGUUGAGCACGGAAGAGGGUCGAUGCCACCACACCUCGUUGAUGGACGAAAGGGUAAGGGGUUUUCCCAGCUCAGUAUUCGUACCGUGUCUGGCGACCAAUUCGCCCUCUUCGGAGAGGAGGCAUAA